AUGACGCGAAAUACGAAACGUAUAAAACUUGAAACAGAUGAUGACAAUAACACGAGAGACAAUAACACGAGAGAUGACGACACGAGAUCUGAUGACAAUAACACGAGAGAUAAUGACACGAGAUCUGAUGACAAUAACACGAGAGAUGAUGACUAUAACACGAGAGAUGAUGACAAUAAAGAUGAUGACAACGCGAGAGAUGAUGACAAUAACGCGAGAGAUGAUGACAAUAACGCGAGAGAUGAUGACAAUAACACGAUAGAUGAUGACAAUAACACGAGAGAUGAUGGCAAUAACACGAGAGAUGAUGACAAUAACACGAGAGAUGAUGACAAUAAUACAAGAGAUGAUGACAACGCGAGAGAUGAUGAUAAUAACGCGAGAGAUGAUGACAAUAAGAAGAGAUAUGAUGACAAUAACACGAGAGAUGAUGACAUGAGAGAUGAUGUCAAUAACACGAGAGAUGAUGACAAUAACACGAGAGCUGAUGACUAUAACACGAGAGCUGAUGAUUAUAACACGAGAGAUGAUGACAAUAACACGAGAGAUGAUGACAAUAACACGAGAGCUGAUGACUAG